AUGCGCUACUCAGCCGUCCUCGCGGCUCUCGUUGCUGCCGCUGCAGCCAAGGAUGGCCGCACCUUUGCCGUGCUCCGCUUCCAAGGCGACGGGCCCUUGACUGAGGGUCGUUCUGACCCCAUCGUCUCGCCGGGUCAGGUCUCGGGCCACGUUCACACCGUCCAGGGAGGCGGUAACUUUGGCAACUCGGCCACCGGCGCGACCAUGAUGAAGUCCGAGUGCAGCACGGCCAUGAUUGCCGGAGACAACAGCGCCUACUGGAUGCCCAAGCUGUACUUCCACGACGUGAAGAACAACUCUUUCGAGCCUGUCCCCCUGUUCUACAUGAACGUCUACUACUUUUUUGAGGGCACCAAUGACAAGAUCGAGGCUUUCCCGCCAGGGCUCCAGAUGGUCAGUGGCGACGCCAUGAAGAGGACACCUCCGGCCUCAGGAGACCUGAACCUCGACCCAUCCAAGGGAACCAUCCAGCCCGCCCAGCUUGUCUGCCCCCACAAGGACAAGAACCAGCGCGCCUGGCCAGAAGGAUCCGACGGCACCAAGGCCGGCAUCCAGGACUCGAACAACGCCGGCGCCGGAGUCGGCUUCCCCUUCAUCGAGUGUGACGGCUAUGCCUCGCCCCUCCGAGCCGACCUCCACUUCCCUUCCUGCUACGACCCGUCCAAGGCUCUUGACGACUUCAAGAACAACAUGGUCUUCCCGACCCACAAAGGUGGCAAGGAGGACUGCCCUCCUGGCUUCAAGCACGUCCCGCACUUGUUCUACGAGAUGUACUGGAACACCCCUCUCUUCAAGGACCGCUGGGCCCACGACGGCACCUCGCAGCCCUUCAUCUGGGCCAACGGGGACGUUUCUGGCUACUCUCUCCACGGUGACUUCCUUGCCGCCUGGGACACUGAUGUCCUCCAGACCAUCAUUGACACCUGCGAUGCCGGCGACCAGGGUAUGGACAAGUGCCCCAAGCUCCUCAAGGGUCUGAACGACAAGGAGAAGAGCAAGAACUGCAAGCUGGCCAACCCUAGCCCCGAGCAGAUCGACGGUGUCCUGGCCAAGCUGCCCGGUAACAACCCUCUCGGCGGCCUGCAGUAUGGUGGCACUGUCGGCACCAUGCCUCCUGCUCCUGGUGGUUCGUCUGGCGGCUCUUCCGGUGGCUCAUCCGGCAGCAGCUCUGCCGCUCAGUCAGCCGCCCCAUCCAAGGCUGCCCCUCCUGCCUCUUCCAAGGCCUCUUCCCCCUCGGCUCAGCCCGCUUCGCCUGACAGCAAGCCGAGCUCUUCCAAGUCUCCUGCCGUUGCUGUCUCCGACACUCCCAACAACGAAGUCAGUGCCACUGUCUCCAAGGCCCCGGCCCCAGUCAUCACUACUGCCAAGGUCGUGACCACGACCGAUGCCGCCGGCCAGCGCAAGGUGACCACCGUCUGGGAGACCGAGACUGUGUGGGUGACGGCCACGGUUUACGAUGACGGCACCCCCGUCCCUACCUCGUCCGCAAGCUCCGCCGCCGCCGCCGUCGCAGACGUCGCCGGCUGGAAGCACGUCGGCUGCUACAAGGACACGCGCGACCGCGUCCUCCGCGGCGCGCGCCUGCCCAACCUCGGGCCCAUGACCAACGACAAGUGCGUCAAGUACUGCCAGUCGCGGAGCUUUGCCGUCGCGGGCACCGAGUACGGCGGGCAGUGCUUCUGCGGCGACCGGCUCGAGGGCUCGCAGGCGAUCGACGCCGGCGCGUGCAACAUGGCGUGCGCGGGCGACGCCCAGGACACGUGCGGCGGCAGCCUCUCGCUCACCGUCUUCUCCAAGGACGGCACGGUGAGCGAGGCGGCGGCGGCGGAGGCGGCGCAGCAGCAGCAGAAGCGGGCGCGCCACCUGCAUGAUCAUGUCCUGCACCACCGCAAGCAGCCCUUCUCGAUGCGCCUGCGGAAGUAG